CUUAAACUUGCGGUCUCAACCAUCCCACAGUGAGAGGCAUCUAUGCUGUGUGAAAGGAGGACCUGACUUGCUACAAACCCAGACCAGGUACUGCGGCACUGCUAUCAUCCACAGUACUGAUUCCAACAGGAAGCAGAGACUUGGACUGGACCAUGGCCACCAAGGAAGUUAACAGAGCACAGGUGGUUAGAACCAUGAAGGUGCGUACUUCCCUCAAGGGAGACGGCAGCUGGAUCCGUAGAGUGACAGACCUAGAUGAAGAAGAGGGACAACCACGUAAGCCAGAACUUCCAAAGAAACCCACUGGUCUCUUUUCAGCUGAAUCCAGCCCUGUUACCUCUCUUGCUCCAUGCAACCCCUACAGUCCUACAGUGACACCAGAUGUUGACCCACUGACCCCUGAGGAAAUCACCAAAUGGUCAUUGACAUCUAGCAGGGUCAGACCCCUGGCAAAGUCCUAUGUCCUCUCAGCAGCUAAGAAAUUUGAAUCUCUGGAUUCCCCAACGAGCCCCCCACCAUUCAAAAUCAGCCAGUCACAUAUAAGUAGGCCUGAAGAGUUGUCAGAAGCUGUGGAGGAGUCGGACCCACCAACAGCAGAAUCAAAAGACAAAUCUCUUGGGAAACCUGUGGAACAACCUGCAGUGGAGGAAUCUGUAGAUGCACCUGCUGACCAACCAGAGGCAGCAGAGCCCUCUGAGACAACGACUGAGGAUCCUGCAUCUGUGGAAGAAGCUGAUGGAGAACUCAUCGCAAAACUCACUGCAGAACCCACCGUGGGACCCACAGUGGAACCAGCAAGUGAAAUUCAAUCAGAAGAGGCUGCUGUAGAAUCAGUCUUAGAACCUGUAGUGAAACCUGUUGACAGUGUUUCUGAAGAACCUGCAGUUAGGCCAGCGGCUGUGGAGGCAAUUGAACUUGUAGUUGAGCCUGUGGCUGCAGUUAAACCUGUAGUUGAGCCCGUGGCUGCAGUUAAACCUGUAGUUGAGCCUGUGGCUGCAGCUAAACCUGUAGUUGAGCCUGUGGCUGCAGGUAAACCUGUAGUUGAGCCCAUGGCUGCAGUUAAACCUGUAGUUGAGCCUGUGGCUGCAGUUAAACCUGUAGUUGAGCCCGUGGCUGCAGUUAAACCUGUAGUUGAGCCUGUGGCUGCAGUUAAACCUGUAGUUGAGCCUGUGGCUACAGUUAAGCCUGUAGUUGAGCCUGUGGCUGCAUUUAAACCUGUAGUUGAGCCUGUGGCUGCAGUUAAACCUGUAGUUGAGCCUGUGGCUGCAGUUAAACCUGUAGUUGAGCCUGUGGCUGCAGCUAAACCUGUAGUUGAGCCUGUGGCUGCAGUUAAACCUGUAGUUGAGCCUGUGGCUGCAGUUAAACCUGUAGUUGAGCCUGUGGCUGCAGUUAAACCUGUAGUUGAGCCUGUGGCUGCAGUUAACCCUGUAGUUGAGCCUGUGGCUGCAGUUAAACCUGUAGUUGAGACUGUGGCUGCAGUCAAACCUGUAGUUGAGCCCGUGGCUGCAGUUAAACCUCUAGUUGAGCCCGUGGCUGCAGUUAAACCUGUAGUUGAGCCUGUGGCUGCAGCUAAACCUGUAGUUGAGCCUGUUGCUGCAGUUAAACCUGUAGUUGAGCCCGUGGCUGCAGUUAAACCUGUAGUUGAGCCUGUGGCUGCAGUUAAACCUGUAGUUGAGCCCGUGGCUGCAGUUAAACCUGUAGUUGAGCCUGUGGCUGCAGUUAAACCUGUAGUUGAGCCCAUGGCUGCAGUUAAACCUGUAGUUGAGCCCGUGGCUGCAGUUAAACCUGUAGUUGAGCCUGUGGCUGCAGUUAAACCUGUAGUUGAGCCUGUGGCUGCAGUUAAACCUGUAGUUGAGGAGUCAACAUCUGAACCCAUCAUUGAAGCUGAAGCUGAAGCUGUGGCUGAAGCAGCUGUUGAAGUUGUUCAGGAAUUAUCAGCUUCUAUUGAACUUGAGGAGGCAUUAGACGUGGAGCUACCUGCUGCUGAAGUCGUGGCAGAUGAUAUAAUAGCACCUGCAUCAGAACCUACACCAUCCCCUUGUGGGGGUCAGGUUCCAUCACUCAUUCAGCAACAGGAGGAUGCUGAACCCCAGCAUCAGAUAGUCCAUGACUUUCGUCACACCAAGGAUGGCAAAGCUAUUUGUUCAUACUGUGACAAGUCAAUUGAUGGAAAUGUCAAGAUCACAAUCAAUUACCCACAAAUCUACAGCCAUCCAGACUGUUUUAAGUGCGGAUUGUGCAGUAAGGCCUUGGGGGACAUGACGACCUCCAUGUUCGUGCAUGGGAGAGUGAUCCACUGUGAUGGCUGCUUUAUUAAAACCAUGUAGGCCCCAGGGCUUCUCAUCACCUUGACACAGAGGGCACAACAGUGUCAUCCCUGGAACAUCCCUGUCACCAACACAACCAUUUUGACAGAUUACUUGCUAACACUGUUCAUUUUUUGUUGUUGUAUGAUGUUAUAAUUCCAGAGUUAUCAUCAAUUUUCCUUCCCUGACACUGAAUGCCAUUCUUUUGUGAAUGUAAGACUUUUUUUCUGUAAACAAAUAAUAUGUUUUUCCCCAUUUAGUGUGUUUUCACCAUGUGGAGGACAUGUAUAUCUUUAAUGAGAAAAAAAUAUAUAAAUGAUUUUAUGACCGUUUC